UGUGCCAGCCGGGUUCAGAUUGCUUUAGUGAGGGAGGGCAAGAAGUGGAUCACUAGUGGUGGCAGUUGAAUAAUACAAAGCAACACGGUCAGAGAGCUGUGGACUCACAUGUCCGAGCCCCCCUCCCCAACUCCCUCUUCCCCCUGUUUUUUAUUUAUUUAUUUCCCCCCCCCCCCCUCUCUCUCUCCCCUAGCAGUAUCGCGGGUGCCAGCUGAGGACAGUCGACCGAGGAAGAGCGCGCAUAAGCGGACACCUGAUUGGAACGCCUCGGCGAACGCACGCUGAAGCUCUGCUCUCUGAGAUGAUGGACUCCCCUUCAGACCUCUUCGAUGACUCCAAUCCACAAGUCCACCCGUUUGCCCCCCCGCUCUUCUCCGCGGAAGCGCUCGGAGGGCUGCCGGGCGGAGGUCGGCCUCCUCCGAGCGCCUUCAGACCCCUGGGCUUUCCCCUCAUCCAGCGACACCUGGCCCAAAACUCGCACCUGGGGGAGGAGAGGACCGCGGACCGAGGAGAGCGAGAAGGCCAGGGAGGGGUGUCGACCGACGACGAGGUGAAAAAGCGAGCGGGAGCCCGGUGGGGUCAGGACUUGGCCAGGGUGAAAAGGAGGAAGCUGGAGGAGGGCGGUGCCAGGCGUGGCGGGGAGCUGAGGAGGAGGAGGAGAGCGGAGCUGAAGGAGCAGCUGGAGGAGGCCAGGGAAAGACUGCAGGCCCUGCAGGAGAAAGUGCUGAGGGCCUUUGGGGAGAGCAACAUGGAAGAAGGGGAGGGGGGGAGCAGUGGGAAGGGAGGGGAUGUGGAGGACGAGGACAUAGCUGAGAGGAUGUUUGAUCAAGAGGAGGACCUUGGUCUGGAAAACCAGCCCCUCUCUCUGAUUGCCCCUUUUAAUGGCUUUAAGAGAAGAGAAGAGAGGCAAAAAGACAGAGAGAGGACGGCGCCCGGAAGAGGGGAAGGCGUCAUGGAGGGGCUUUGGUUGGACUGGGAUGGAGGGAUAAAAGACGAGGAUGAGGAGGGGGGGCACAAGUUCGCCCAGGCCUUGAAGGUGGAGCUGGGCAGCGCCGUGGCCAGAGUCAUCGAUCGCGUCCUGCGUCUGUACACCGAAACGUCCUGCGCCGACGCCACCGGGGGCGCCGGGGGAAGAGCGGAGGAGGAGUUCAGAGGUCAGGAGGAGAGGCCAGGCGGGAACGAUGAGGAGAGAGAGAGGCAGCGACAAACCGUGGCCCCUCGUGGCGCCCAGACCACAGAUUUGGCUUUGCCAUUGGCGGCCCAUAAGUCACCUGACCUCCAGAAGCCCCACCCCCUCCUCUGCCCGCCUCUGCCGAGUCACCCCAACCCCUCUCUGCAUCUCCCUCGCCCUCCCCUCCUCUUAGCCCGGGCGCCCCAAUCCAAGGACCCGGCAUCUGGCCAUCCGCCCUCAUCUUCCUCCUCCUCCUCCUCCUCCUCCUCCUUCCCGGCCCCUCCUCUAACCCUCCCGCUGCUCCACUACUCCAUGCAGCAGCUCUUAUCCCGCUCGCUCCACCAGCCGCAGAUGCCCCAUCUCCCCCCGGCAUCCCGCAAGGACUUCCUCAACUCGGACUCCUUCUUGGAGUUCCCCUCGCACCCCUCCUUCCCCCCGCUGCCGCUGCUCGGUCACCUGGGACCUUCCGUCGUGCGCCACGCCCACGCGGGCAGGGAGCGGGAGAGGGGCGUGAGGGGAGCGGCGAUGCUGGACGGUGGAGAGCUUUACCUGAGCGCAGGCGGAAGCCAGGAGGGCUUGUCUCCUUGCCACUUGAAGAAAGCCAAACUCAUGUUCUUCUACGCUCGCUAUCCCAGCUCCAACACACUCAAGACAUACUUCCCUGAUGUCAAGUUUAACCGCUGCGUGACCUCCCAGAUGAUUAAAUGGUUCAGCAACUUCCGAGAGUUCUUCUACAUCCAGAUGGAGCGCUUUGCGAGGCAGGCUGUCCGCGAGGCUCUCACCCGGGACGGUGCACCUCGCCUGGGCAGAGAGAGUCAGCUCCGAGUGGGCCGCGAUACAGAACUCUACCGCAUACUCAACAUGCACUACAAUAAAAGUAACAUCUACCAGGUCCCGGAGAGGUUCAUCGAGGUGUCCGAGGUGGCCCUGAGGGAGUUCCACGCCGCCAUUUGGACGGGCAGAGACAGCGACCCGUGCUGGAAGAAAGGAAUAUACAAAAUCAUCUGCAAGCUUGACAGUGGCGUGCCAGAUGCCUUCAGACUGCCUGGUUGUCCAGUUGCCUAAUGAUAAUCAAGUUGUUUAAAAAAUAAUAAUACGGAAAAAAAUGCAGCGGUGCCUUGAGAUACGAGUCACCUGGCUUACGAGUUUGAGAUACGAGUCGUCGUUGUGUAUUUAAUACAAGCACAUAGCUUUGCCUUAGGAAAGUCCGCGAAAGCUUAAUGCGAACAAACAAUGCAAAAUGCCAUGGACGGGCGAACGCAUAGCAUCGUGUCACGGUGUUAUAACCCUGAAAGCAACAGAUAUUUGAACACAAACAGUGGAGCAACAUAUAUAGACAGAAAAUAUCACAAUACUCAGAGGCAUAUACUCUUUAGCCACUGCGAAUCACAAUCACAGUAAAUUGAUCAUGAUGCACAAACUCUUUCAUUCUUUACAUUCUACCCAAUUAUGUUAUGACUGUAUGUUUUUAUAAAGUACAGCAUUAUGACUAUUGUAUAAUUGUUGUUUUUUGGGAGGCUGGAACAGAUGAAUAGAAUUUCAUUUCAUUUAAAUGUGUAAAGCUGAUUUGAGAUACGAAUGUUUGUACAUGGUCAUGGAACAAAUAAAAUGUGUAUCUCAAGGCACAACUGUACACGAUAUGAAAAUACAUGCAUGCAUAAACGUGUUCCUUCAGACGUUGAACUUUUCAGACAUGCUGUGAAACCUACAGUACUUUAUUCAGGUUUGUUUGUUCUUUUCAAUUUAAGUCUUUUUUUUGUAUCUUUGUAUGUAUUGUAAGACAUUUAGAGGUUAUUGGGGGAAUAUGAGGACAUUUGUGACAUUUGUGAUAAUCAAAAUGUACCACCAGUGGAACGAAAUACAAUAUUUAACUUGAACUCCAAGUGGGUUCGGCCUGCAGCUGUUUGCAUUGUGGCUCCUCAAUCCAUUUGUUUCUGUGAGACUUUAUUUAUUGAUUGAUUUUUUGUGACGUAUCUUGAAGUGCAUGUUUGCAUUUUUUUUUUUUGCGUUUGGAAUUGUAACCCGUUGGUUCUGUUGCUUUCUUUUCCAAAUGUACAGUGAGUGUAUUCUUGACAUCUGUGCCUCAUGUGAACACGAACACACACACAAGUGGAAUUGGAUGUUUAAAUUGAGCAGUUAAUUAAAAAAUGUCAGGGUGGG